AUGCAACAGUUGGAAUGGGACGAGAUGGGAGUGAAGGUUGAUGGUCGGCAGCUACACCAUUUUCGCUUUGCUGAUGACGUCGUGCUGAUAACACCUAGCAUCAGCCAAACGGAACGAAUGCUGACCGAAUUCGACGAAACAUGUGGAUGCAUCGGUCUUCAGCUGAAUCUACAAAAGACAAUGUUCAUGCGGAACGGAUGGGUCUCGGAUGCCCCAUUCACGCUCAACGGAAGGAUCAUAUCCGAAUGCACCAGCUACGUUUAUCUGGGUCGGGAGUUGAACAUGACGAACAACCUGACCCCGAGCUGGGCAAGAGGAGGCGAGCGGCUUGGGGAGCGCGAGAAGACCAGGAACACCCGGCUCCGUCCUCACCUCUUCAACACUACCGUACUUCCUGCUUUGACCUAUGCUUCGGAAACCUGGACAUUCGCAGGCACGAAGAAAACGCGGUGA